CUUUUUGCCCCACCCUUUCGCACACAAGAUGGCGGCGCCCAGCGGAAUAGAGGCCGCGUUUGGGGUUUGCUGAAGCUGACUCCCUUUCCCCCUGCCCCUUUGGACGCAAAGAGCCGCGAGCCCCGGCCCGAUCCCAUCCGUUCCCGGUCUCCUCUCGGUCUGACCCACUGCCCGGCCGUGGUUCGCCACCACCAGGCCUCCAAAGCUGAGAUAUCUCCUCCAGCCCGGGCUCACCUCCACUUUAGAGAUGUUUGGCCUCUUCCCUUCCAAACGGGCCGCAUUCAAAACCGGGACUCCUGGACCAGCACCUGGUCUCCUUUCCCUCCACUGAGACUCCACUUCGCUCUAACCCACUCCUUCCUCUGUUUCUUGAUUCUUCCUGGCUUGGAGACUGCCUCACUUCCCUUCCAAAUUAAUCUCCGACGCCCCCAAAUAUUAUUAACCUUGACACCUUCCUCAACCGGGAGUCAGACUUCCUUUUGGAUUAACCUCCACAGUCCUAUCAUGGAGGCUGUGUACCUGAUAGUGAAUGGGGUGGGCCUUGUGCUGGACCUGCUGACCUUGGUGUUGGAUCUCAACUUCCUGCUGGUGUCCUCCCUCCUGGCUUCUCUGGCCUGGCUCCUGGCCUUCAUCUACAACCUGCCACACACGGUACUGACUAGUCUUCUGCACCUGGGCCGCGGAGUCCUGCUUUCACUGCUGGCCUUGAUCGAAGCCUUGGUCCGGUUCACCUUUGGGGGCUUGCAGGCCUUGUGUACUCUGAUGUACAGCUGCUGCUCUGGCCUGGAGAGCUUAAAGCUCCUGGGGCACCUGGCCUCUCACGGGGCACUGAGGAGCCGGGAGAUACUGCACCGGGGUGUCCUCAACGUGGUCUCCAGUGGCCAUGCUUUGCUGCGCCAGGCCUGUGACAUCUGUGCCAUUGCCAUGAGCCUGGUGGCCUACGUGAUCAACAGUCUGGUCAACAUCUGUCUCAUUGGCACUCAGAACCUUUUCUCCCUGAUGCUGGCCCUGUGGGAUGCCGUGAUGGGGCCACUGUGGAGGAUGACGGACGUUGUAGCUGCCUUUCUAGCCCACAUUUCCAGCAGUGCUGUGGCCAUGGCCAUCCUCCUCUGGACCCCCUGCCAACUAGCACUGGAGCUCCUAGCGUCAGCUGCCCGCCUCCUGGCCAGCUUCGUGCUUGUCAAUGUCACCGGCCUGGUGCUGCUGGCUUGUGUGCUGGCGGUGAUGGUGACCGUGUUGCACCCGGACCUCACUCUGAGACUGGCCACCCGGGCACUCAGUCAGCUCCAUGCCCGGCCAUCCUACCACCGGCUGCGAGAAGAUGUCGUGCGGCUAUCUCGCCUGGCACUGGACUUGGAGGCCUGGCGCCGAGUCUGGAGCCGCAGCCUGCAGCUGGCCACCUGGCCGAACCGGGGAGGGGCCCCCGGGGCUCCUCAGGGUGGCCCGAGGAGGGCGCCCUCGGCCAGGACCUGGCGACAGGACACUCUUCCUGAAACAGGGCCCAGAUCAGAGGCAGAAGAGGAGGAGGUCGGGACGGUCAGAGCAACAGCUGCCCGCGGCCGGGAGAGGCUCAAUGAGGAGGAGCCCGUAGCUGGGCAAGACCCAUGGAAGUUGCUCAAGGAGCAAGAGGAGCGGAAGAAGUGUGUCAUCUGCCAGGACCAGAGCAAGACGGUGCUGCUGCUGCCCUGUCGGCACCUGUGCCUGUGCCAGGCUUGCACUGAAAUCCUGAUGCGCCACCCCAUCUACCACCGCAACUGUCCACUCUGCCGCCGGGGCAUUCUGCAGACCCUCAAUGUCUACCUCUGAAGACUCCUUCCCUGUCGGCCCACCCGUCUGUGCUCCAUGAAGCCACCUGUGCUAGGACAGCUUUAACACCCGACCUCUCGGUUUCCGGCCUGAUUUCCCUCCUGCCCCCAUGGCUGUGAUGCCAAGCCUCUAAGCCAUACAUCCAGGACAUUGAGAUAGGAUACUCUGGAAGACUUAUGAGCCGGGUGGGGCAGGGUAACAGCUCUUCCUUACCCUGUGGGUCCCUGUGACGCCGGAGGUGGUGAGUGUGUCACACUAUGCAAGGCCCCGAGACUGCCGUGGACUCCCCUCCAGGUUGCCAGGGCCCAUCCAGAUGCCAGCCUCUGGGGCUCCCCACCCCGUGCUUCUGGUUUUUCUGUUGGGGAUUUGCAGGUCCUCUCCCUGGCCCCUCCCCAUUUCCUCCCCAGCUUCAGCCACAACAAAGCACUGUCAUUUGGGUGUUUGGGCAACUCAGGGGCCUUGGAAUGAUCUUGAACCUUUGCUUUCAGCCAGAGCGCCCGUGCCCUGGUAAGCCUUGGGGAUAGUAUCUCUCAGGUGCCCUUAGAGCUACCACUUCUGCCUGUCUUGAUCUUACGAGGCUCCCUCCCAACCUGAUCCAAGAGCUAGGAUCAAGAGUUUACCCCUUGGAGGGUGGGUGUCUGCACCUGGCUUUGGGACCACAUACCCUCUGGCACCCCAGCUCCACUGGGAGCCUCAGGAGGGAUAACCAGAUUUCUACUCCUACCCUUUUCACUCCCCAUAUCACAGAGAACAUUGGCAUUCCCCUUCUGUUUGUCUCUCCCUGGCACUGGGGAGGGCAGACCGUGCACAUUUGACUAGGGUCCAAAUACAGAAGGGGCCAGCCUAGGGGCAUGCAGCUCCCUGCUGGGUCUGUGUGGCCCAGUUUCUAGUGAAUAAAGUUCUGUUGACCGCUC